CCUCGGACAGCAACAGAACACGGAGGCAGAGGUGUCCGACUCCGAGUCUAGUUUUCAACACCAUAAUUUCACCUUCAACUCUGAAACGACGCGUUUUUUGGACAUUUAAGAAGCUGUGAACUCUGCCUGAUUAUCGUUUUGGUGAUUUGCAUUUUCCAUCAGCACCUUUAGUCUAAGACUUUGGAGCUGGGUCGACCCUGGAGUAGCUACCCUGCAUGUUUCGAUUAUUUUAGUUUUUAAAGCAGUGCUACAGCUGAAUGACCCUGGAAGUUUCCUCCUGGGAGUGAGAUGGAGAAUAGCUCUCAUACACUGCCACCCUCGUCACCGUGUCCCACCACUUAUGGAGGGUCCCUGCCUUUCUCCUCCUCGCCGCAGCAGACCUGCUCAAAUGGCCGUGUUUCACUCCCACUCUCACCUAUUUCAUUCCCCCCGUCCCCUUCCUCACUUUCUCCAGCAACAGCAGAGUCUGUUCACUCAUCCUCGCCUCUGUCGCACUGCACAGCAUCUCAGUGCCUCGAAGGACAAAACAUACAGUGCCUCAGCCCAGGAAACGUAUCUGACCAGGAUGACCUGACCUGCCUCAACUGGCUGCAUCAGAGGGGCAACCUGCUACCUCUGCAGCCCCUUCCCAAAAUGACAGCACUGCCUCAGCUAGAGUCCUCCACACCAGCCCAACCUCCUUCUACUGCCUCGUCCAAGCCACCAUACUCCUUCAGUAGUCUGAUUUUCAUGGCUAUAGAAGACUCGCCUGACAGGAGGCUUCCAGUGAAGGACAUCUACGACUGGAUUGUGAACAAUUUCCCUUACUACAGGACAGCUGCUGGAGGCUGGAGGAACUCUGUCAGACACAACCUGUCCCUGAGCAAGAGCUUCCGUCGCAUUCAGAGGGACAAGAGCCAGUCAGUGGGGAAGGGAUCGCUGUGGUGUGUGUGUCCAGAGUAUCGGCCUGCACUCCUUGAAGUGCUGAGGAAGACCCACAGCUAUCACAGCAACAACAUCCAUCUGUUAAACAAGCCCGCACUGUUGGAAGGAGCUGAGUUUGGGGUGCCUGCAGUGUGCGACUCUAUGGAAAUCUCAGAUCCUCUCUCUCACACCCUCCUCCUUUCCACGCCCUCACCCCAAAUCCUGAACACCGACAACCCAACUUUCUCUGAAAGCCCUCCGUGCCCCUUGACCCCGGAUCACGAGGAGCUUGUCACCAUGGAGUCGGUUGACUACCAGCAGGAGGAGGUCAGCAAGGAGAUGGAGAAGGACCCCCUGUCAGACAGCGGGUACAUCGAGUUACACUAUUACCAGUCUCACCAGUACCAGUACCUGGUGCUGCCGGGUGACACCGAGCUGGACCUGGAGACUGUGGAGAUCCUUCAGCUGGAUGCCGAGGCCCAAGAGGCUGCUGGGUCACUGCUGGACCUGGCAGGUGGUGGAUAUUAGUGUUACAUCUCAUCUAACAAUCACACCUGAUGCAGUGCUUCAGUAUAUUGAAAGCAAAUAUUCCAACAAGAAAAAAUGAGGAUUAUGUUUUGUAGUUUUAAAGGUGCAGUGUGUAGGAUUAAGGGGGAUAUACUGGUAGAAAUGGAAUAUGACAAGUAUGUUUUCUUUAGUGUAUCAUCACCUGAAAUGAAUCCUUGUCCACAUAGAUCGCCAUUUGGCACCACCAUGUUUCUACAGUAGCCCAGAUGGUACAAACCAAACACUGCCUCUAGAUAGGGCCAUUCAUGUUUUUGCGUCAGCGACCAUACUUAGCCCCUCUGCAAUGAGGGCAUCAGAAAAACACUGAUUUUUUAACGUGAAACUGCUUCAUUCAGUGUUCUUACUGGUUUAAAUCACCGCGUCCAUUUGUUUUGGAGAGGGAGAGACCUCUGUGGAUAAUUCAGCUUCUGGUAAAAACCUCCUGAGUGUCUGGAUCUCAAGUUGUUAAAGAAAAAAGAGUGAGCAACAUUAGCAGGCCCAUCUCUGACAUACCAAACAGCGUCAGAGAAACAUUGAUUUUUAACAUGAAACUGCUUUAUUCAGUGUUUUUACAGGUUUAAAUCACAUGGUCUGUAUGUUUUGGAGAGAAAGAGACCUCUGCCAAUAAUUCAGCUCCCGGUAAAAAAAAAAAAUUCCUGUACAAUGAACUUUGAAGGAAUCCUAACUGGGAGCAGUUCUCACUGAUAGAUGCCACUAAACCCCUCUAUGUCUUACACACUGUUCCUUUAAAUGUUAAUAAAUGGGAGGGAUGAUAAGAUGAUCGGCUGCUCCUUCCUGAAACGCUGACACUGCCCUAAGGCUUGUGAAUGAUUUUGUAGUUAGGUAAAAGUAUAGAUCAACUUUCUGAUGGACUAACGAGACAAUGGAUCAUAUUACUUCAUAUGUAUUCAGGCACUUACAAUGCAGAAAUGAAUUUUACCACCAUAACAUACCAUACAAUGAUAUGCUGGACAAAGAUUUGAGAGUGUAAUGUAAAAAAAAAAAAAUCAUGGACAAAAUUAUACUCUGAGAUUUUAAAACAGUGGGGUAUCAAGUAUUAAUACGCUAUGGGUUUUUCACUGUGAUUUUUUUUUUUUUAACACAUUUAGUU